AUGGGAUAGGGUCAGGGACCGAGGAUGCUAUGAUCAGGAAGGGUCCCACGUGGGGCUUCGAAGGUACUGAUGGGUACACAAGGAUCUGUUUUUAUUACUGUUGCGAUUUAAAUCAUUAAAUGUAGGUUAUAUGCACACAUUCUUUUGCACGUAUGAGUUUAUAAAACAGAAAGAAAAUGCUGACCAGCGUGUGCUGUCUGGUUCCUGGUUCCUCCUGCAAUUUAGAGGCUCGAUCCUGUCCCAGAUGCCUACCUAGUCUUGGCACUGGAACCCCAGACCCAGUCUCUUUCCCCCCUGUCUGCCUUCCGUCUGCUUCCAGACGGGCCUUCCUAAACUGCAUCGCACACCAGGGUGGUGGUCUGCUCAAGCACCUUCUGUGGUUCCCCAUUUCUCACCCCAUAAGCCCAAACUCCUUGGCUCUGCAUAUUUCCCCCACCUGAAGGAUCCUUCCUUCCCUCUCCUCCUCUUUUCUUCAAGGCCCAUUCCAGGCCAGGGACCUCCACUCUCCCACCUGGGCUGACAGAACAGCCCCUUCCGGCCCCUGUCAGAACUCUGCAAGGUGAGGUCACAAAGCCCCCUGGGAAGGAGCAGCUUUGUCCCCAGAGGCGAGGAUUCUGGGAGCUCCCUGGGCUGGAGCUGGGCUUAGGUGCGCCCCGGAGGCUUGGAGAGACAACAGCUCUUUUCAUCAUGGUGGUCUUGAGCCCAGGUGAGACGGUGGAGACAGAAGACCUUGAAGAGAAUAAGGCCCUGUGCGUCAGUUACCGAGCCCAGGCGGUUUAUGGGCUGUGCGAGGAGGUACAGGCGACCGUGCAGAAACACACGCAGGGCCUGCGACACAGCAAGGAGGAGCUGAACAGGCUUAACCAGGCCAUCCAGCGGCUGACUGCGGAGGUGAACAGUGCUAAGAGUCAGCCCUGUGAACUAGACAGAGCCAGGGAGCCACGAGCUCUGCAGGAGGAGAGUGCCUCAGGUAGUGCCCAGGGCAAGCUGGCCUGGCUGGAGGCCGCCCUGCAGCGAGCCAAGCAGGACAUGGCCCGGCAGCUGCGGGAGUACCAGGAGCUCAUGAUCGUGAAGCUGGGCCUGGACUUCGAGAUCGCCACCUACCGCAAGCUGCUGGAGGACGAGGAGAGCAGGCUUGGUCUGGGAUUUGGGGCAGGAAGCUUCACCCUGGGCAGCGGGCUGGGCUCAGCCUCUGGCCCGGCCAACCUGCUGCCUCCCCGAGCGGGCUCCGGCGCCCUGGACACGAGCGCCCCUGGCGGCGGCUGCGCGCUCUGCGGCUCCCCCGGAUGCUUCGGGGGCCUUGGCUGCAGCGGUGCCCGCAGAUGUUGAACCUUCCUGCCAUGCUCUGGAGAAAAAGAACCCUAGCUUCUGCCCCAAGGACUUGACCCUCUGUCUCAGACGCCCCCUCCCACGGAGCUAGCCGUCACCUCAUCUUUCCCUCUUGCCUGCCCCCACCCCGGAGCGUAAAGUCUUGGAAUCUAGUUUACCGGACGGUGACUGCCCGGUUUCCAGGGUGAAGAUAGCCCGGAUGCUGAGCCACUGAGGAGGCCGUGUGGCUUACCUGGACCCAGCACCCUGUCCCUCUGACCUGCCCCCACCCCUUCACUCUUAUUUUCCUAAGACUCCUCCUUUGCAAUAAAAGUUCUUCAGUGGACUGA